GUACUGCUGAUUAUAAACAUCCGCUCGUACUUAGCAUGGAUAUUCGCAUCAGAUAUUUCGACAUUUCUUUCGGGGAAACCGAGUAUAAAACUAACGUUGCUUCUUCAGUUAGCACAGUAGAAAUAGCGAGUCUGUUCAACGAGUAAAUUACCUUAACAGCUAUGAAACAUUUUUUGUAUAUCGUGGCAAUAGCCAUGUGUGACGCUGCGAGAAUACCACGUCAAUUAGAGUACGAACAUUUUCCGAAUUUUCGAGCGAUUUAUCACGGGCAUGGUGCAACCAGCUAUCAAAACGUACACGUCGAUAAUUACGGAGAUGUGUCACUUUCAUCGGAUUACGCGGACGGAGUGAGUGAUUUGGGUUUGACAGAGCAUCAUGAUACGGAUAUCGUCCCAAUUUUAGAACAUGCGAAUGAAUUGGGACACGUUGGUGAAUCAAAUGCGGAAGUUGCAAUUUUCGAUGGAAUCUUAUCACCGGCCUAUCACAGUUUAGAAACGGCAGAUCAUUCAUAUUACGACGAACACUAUGACAGUCAUUAUGACGAUCAUAUUGGAGGACAUUACGAAUAAAAACUUGUUAGUUGUUUCAUAGAUAUUGUUGAUAACUAUUGAUGACAAUAAACGAUUUAUGAUAUUUGACUAUUAA